CUACUCGGUGUUCCAGUGAAAGCCAACAUUUACAAAUUGUCAGUGGCGAGCCAGACCUGUCAACGAGUUAUGAGCGUGGAGCGUAUAUUCGAUGAGUUUGGACACUUCAAAAGGUUCCAGGCAUGUCUGUACUUUGCUGCUGUCUUCCAGGCCAUAGCCUGCGGAAUCCACUACCUGGCCUCCGUGUUCCUCGUGGAGAGGCCAAACUUUGUCUGUGCUCCGCCAGGRAACAUCACUGACGUCCUGUACGGGAACCACACUGGUGCUUCCCUGGAGGAGGUGCUACCAUUCUUCAAACCAGCGAACGGGCCCAUGGUGGUCCGAACGGCUGUGGGCCAACAGUGGGAGCUUAGCACCUGCCAGCGCAGUCAGAGGAUGAACCCCACAGACUUCACCUACGAGCAGGUCGUCAACAGGACGACGGAAAAGUGUGACGAGAACGACCGUUACGUGUACGACCACAGCGAGGUGUAUCAGAGCAUCGUGACGGACUGGGACCUGGUGUGUGACAGGGAAUGGCUGGCCAAGCUGUGUCAGCCCACGUUUAUGAUGGGMGUGCUGGUCGGAGCGCUGGUGUUCGGGGACAUCGCUGACAGGGUUGGCAGACGGAGGGUCCUAAUGAUCACCAGCCUCUGCCAGUUUGUGUUUGGUGUAAGCGUGGCAUUCAUGGGAAACUACUACCUAUUUAUGGUCGUCCGCUUCCUGCUCGCCAUGGUGUCCAGUGGCUACCUUGUAGUGGUGUUUGUGUACGUGACCGAGUUCACCGGCAACAAGGUACGCACGUGGACCUCCAUGCACGUGCACGCCGCCUUUGCCACGGGCGUCAUGAUGGUAGCAAUCAUGGGCUACCUGGUGCGGACCUGGCGGAGCUAUCAGAUCAUCCUCUCCACCUGCACCUCGCCCUUCCUCUUCUUCUGCUGGAAGUUUCCCGAGACACCCUUCUACCUGAUGGCUAAGGGGAGGCUCCAGGAGACCCAGGUCCUGUUGGAUUCCAUAGCCCGCUUCAACGGCCUGGAGCCUGGCCGCCUGAGGGCCGAGGACCUCCUGGAACCCAAGGAGGCUCUGCUGGAGAAGGAGGUGGCACCGGGGAGAGCACAGCCAGCGGAGCCCGAGAGAAAGCUGAGCAUCCUGGACCUGUUUGGGACAUGGAGGAUGGCCUGGAGGACAGUGACAGUGUGGGCAGUGUGGUUCAUUGGCAGCCUGGGCUACUACGUCUUCUCCCUGGGCUCCGUCAACCUGGGGGGCAACCAGUACAUCAACCUCUUCCUGGCUGGUGCAGUGGAGUUCCCUUCCUACCUGAUUGGCUGUUAUGCGAUGGACCGGGUGGGCAGGAAGAGGACAUGUGCCCCAGCUCUGCUGCUGGCUGGAACGGCCUGCAUGCUCAUCAUUGUGGUGCCAAAAGACAUUGAGGUGCUAGUUAUCAUCCUCAGUAUGACAGGGAAGUUUGCCAUUGCCAUAGCCUUUGGCCUCAUCUACCUCUACACCUGUGAGCUCUACCCAACUAUCAUCAGGUCCCUGGCGGUGGGCAGUGGCUGUAUGAUGUGUCGUGUGGGCAGCAUCGUGGCUCCUUUCUGUGUCUACCUAGCUGACAUCUGGCAAUACCUACCACAGCUGAUUGUGGGGAUCCUGGCGUUUAUAAUAGGCGUUCUGACCCUGUUGUUACCAGAGACCCUGGGUGAGCCCUUGACCAGCACCAUGGAGGAGGCUGAGGCUCUAGGCAGGAAGAAUAGCCCUGAUCAGGGAAAGAAAGACCCUGAGGAGGGGAUGGAGAUGAACUAGAUCCAGAGCAACUAGUUGGACGGCAAGCCCUGAGGGACACACCUCACCACCAAUCAGAGAGAAGGAGGCGGCCAGGGAUAGAGAGGGGGUAGGAAGUGGAGGAGAGAGAGAAGGAAAGAGACUACUGGAAGCGAUGCCAAGAAACCAACAAAACAAACAACCYCAAAAACAAACAACAUCGAAUUUGGAACCUUAGUAGGACUUUUUGUAAUAAAGUGUUUUUUUACAUUUUGUUCUGCAAAGCGGCCAAAUMCAGAGCUGGUAUGCUCUGGUUGAGCCAACCAACCGCAGCCAACCUCUGAGUUCCUUGGCUGCAGCUGUUCAGAAGGAGACAGAGGG